GCCAAAGUUCAACUAUAUCUUCUGUGACAUGGAUGGUACCCUGCUGAAUAGUAAAAGUCGAGUAUCUGCUACAAAUGCAAAUGCUUUGAGAGAGGCUUCAUCAAGGGGUAUAAAAGUGGUGUUAGCCACUGGAAAAACUCGUCCAGCUGCUAUAGCUCUAUUGGAGAUGGUGGAUUUAGCAGGCCGAGAUGGAAUUGUCUCCGAGUAUUCACCUGGUGUUUUCAUACAGGGUUUGCUUGUUUAUGGCAAAGAAGGCCAGGAAAUUCACAGAAUAAAUUUGAAUCAAGAUGUUUGCAGAGAGGCAUUUGAUUACUCUGUCAAGCACAGUAUUCCACUAAUCGCGUUCAGUGAGAGUCGAUGCUUGACCCUAUUUAACCAUCCUCUCGUAGACUCCCUCCACACUGUGUAUCUUGAGCCGAAGGCAGAGAUUAUGCCUUCAGUGGAGCAGCUUUUAAGUAGUGGUGAUGUACAGAAGGUGGUAUUUCUAGACACUGCUGAAGGGGUGGCUGGUACCCUCAGGCCAUACUGGGAAGAAGCAAUAGCAGGUCGUGCCUGUGCUGUCCAAGCACAGGCAGAUAUGCUUGAAAUUGUACCCAUUGGUACUUCUAAGGGCAGUGGAGUAAGAAAGCUGCUGGACCAUUUUGGUGCUACUGCAAGUGAGGUAAUGGCAAUUGGUGAUGGCGAAAAUGAUGUUGAGAUGAUGGAAUUGGCUUCUUUAGGCGUAGCUAUGAGUAAUGGAUCAGAGAAGACAAAAGCUGUGGCUAACGUGAUUGGUGCCAGCAAUGACGAAGAUGGAGUUGCUGAUGCUAUAUACAGGUAUGCAUUUUAAACAACAUUUGAGCUUGAAGACUCGAAAACUUG